UCAAUUUAGUAAAUGAAAUGACAAAAAUGAAAGAAGAAGAGAAGCAACGAAAGUUUCAUGACGCCCUUCUCAAGAUGCUAUAUCCGCCCCCGUCUGAUUCUGACAAAGAUGACGAGGAAAAACAAGACGAUGAAGCAGGAACUAAUUUAAUCAAGUUGUUGAAUUACCCUCCAGAGAGUGAGGAGGAGAUAGAUAAGGAGGAGCCAUCGAUGUCAAGCAGCGACGGUGGCGAUGGGAAAUUGACCAGGGCUCAGAGGAAGAGGCUUCGGAAGAGGAAGCUGAAAGAAGCAAAUUCCCGGCGCAGAAAGAUUAUCGGGCCUCUGUUACCUGCUUCAGAAGAUGAUACCGAUGGCAACGCCAAUGAUGUGAGUAAUGCGCCUGAACAAAAUGCCGCAGCAAAUGGUUUAGUCGAGAAGAGGAGGCUUGUAGCUCGAACAAGAAAAAAAGAAGGAAGCCGAAGAAGAAGGUUGUUGUAAAACCCGAAUCCGUCGAGCAUCAUCAGCAAUCGAAAUUAAGGUCUGAAAAUGACAGUGGAUGAUAAGGUUGAUGGUGAUCCCCGAUCAAGUUCACGCUUUCGCUAACCGUCCGACAUCUUUAUGGAUUUCAAACAAUGAUAGUUGAACAAUUCUGUUAUUAUGGUACUGUUGUUUAUCUCAUUUUCAGUUGUCUUUUUUUUUUCUCAAAAGCUAGGCAUGUGACAACGUAUCUUGGUUCGUUUUUACAAUGUCAAGGUUACAUUGAAUUU